GGAUAAAAAUGUGACUGCUGCUGUUCCUAUUUCGUGUCUUCAAUUUUUCACCUCCCGUCCUUCACUCUUCCCUUCUCUCUCCCUUUUUCUUAAGCUGGGGAAAACAAUUGAGAACAUCAUAAUGGUUUAUGAUUUUGAAGGGCUCGGUUUGAAGCAUUUUUGGAAGCCAGGCGUUGAUGUCUACAUAGAGAUUCUUGGCAUGUUCGAAGAAAACUUCCCCGAGAGCCUUAAAUAUUUAUUUAUCAUUAAAGCUCCAAAACUGUUCCCCAUAACUUACAACAUGGUGAAGCACAUUCUGAGUGAACAUACCCGGAAGAAGAUAAUUAUCUUUGGAGCAAAUUGGAAGGAAGACUUACAAAAAUACAUUGACCCUGCAGAGAUCCCCAUGAUGUAUGGGGGGACUCUCACGGACCCUGAUGGGAACCCCAAAUGUGAAUCCAAGAUAUGCCCCGGCGGAGACGUCCCCCCAAAAUACUACGUGCGAAAUCAGCUGAAGCAACAAUAUGAGCAUUCGUUAAUGGUGAAUCGGGGUUCUUCCCAGCAGCUGGAAUACGAGAUCCUUUUUCCGGGCUGCGUCUUGAGGUGGCAGUUCAUGUCCGAAGGGUCCGAUAUAGGUUUUGGUGUCUACCUGAAGACCAAGAUGGGGUCCCACCAGCACGCCGGGGAGAUGACUGAGGUGCACUCCAACCAGCGCUACAACGCACACCUGGUCCCUGAAGACGGCACCCUCACCUGCUUGGAUGCUGGAAUCUAUGUCCUCCGCUUCGACAAUACCUACAGCUACCUCCACGCCAAGAAAAUCAGCUACACGGUGGAGGUUUUACUCCCGGAUAAGAAAUGGGAAAGGAAGUUCCAGAAGUUGGAUGAACAGACUCAGAAGGUGGAGAACAACCACGCAUGAUGAAGAUGGCAUCUCCGGCGGGCCUCUGCCCCGGGGGGGAGGGGGGGAGUGGCAGGGGUGGGCACCAUCCUCAAAGGUCUUCUUUGGGGGCGGAAUUCUUGCUUGGGUGGUCAGGGGGCUUCAGGACUUCCAACGGUGUUGCCAGCGGACGGAGAAAUAGUCCCUUGAACCCCAGAGUUUUAUAAAGGAGGAGGGGAAAACCCUCCCCAUCCUCCCCAGGCCAUAGCGAAGUCCAAGGGAGCUUAGCAUCAGGGAUCUGUGCCAUCCAAAGACAGUGGCCUUCUCUGCCAUUGGGUGAGUGUAAUGACCAGCAAUUUCAGGCUUUAAAGCACAGCAAAACUCACACAGUUGGGAAGAUGCCAGGAACACAGAUAAGCUAUGACAACACAAGAUAAAGUCACUUUGCCCCCAGCAGCCUGCCGCACGCAGCUUGCCUUUUUUUUU